CCAUAUGGAAAGAUCCACUUCUGUUGGAUAUUUCUAUGGUGCAGUGCAUCAGUGAGGCCUUUUUGGAAGCAGCAUUUGACUCAUGCUGUCCUCCUCACCUGUUUCUAUAAAGUGGAAAGCCUUCUUUACAAGGGGAGGGGCUGAAGAAGGACCUUAAAUACAGGGAGAGUGUCUGUUCUCAUCACAGACAGCUCUGUUCCUUCUCUUUAGGAAAGAGAGCCAAGAAUUCAUCAGACAUGAAGUACCUCAUCGUCCUAGCCCUAGUGGUUCAAGCACUUGCUGGUCCAGCUGGCAAGCCUGGUAAAGCCCCUGGAGGUCCACGUGGUCCUGAACCUUCACUUCCACCACCCUCAGGCGAUGUCCAUCCAGCUGAUGACCACAGUGAAACUGGAUCACCCCCACAUGAUGAUUCUUCAAGACCACCUCCUCCAGAAGGUUUAAAUGGGCAUCCUAGACACCGCAGAGAAGUUGGAAGACCACCCAAGGGCCCGAGACCUGGAGGUCCACCACCUCCUCCAAAAGGUCCAUUUGGUCCAGGGCCUUCACGUCCGUUACCCAAUAUAACAGGACUACCACCACGUGACAAUUCUUCCAGACCACCUCAACCAGAAGGUCCUUUUGAUCCAAACCAUCCACCUCCCACUGGGGAACCAUUUGAUCAUCACAAUGUAACAGGAUUACCCCCACGUGAUAAUUCUUCCAGACCACAUGGUCCAGAUGGUUUUGAGGGUCAUAAAAGGCAUCACAGACAGGCUCCAACACCAUCCAAAUCUGGCAGUGCUCCACCACCCAAUGUCCCUAAACCUUCUCGGAGUCCACCAUCCUCUGGCAAGCCACCUUCUAAGGGUUCAGCAGGGGGAAAUCCUGGACAGGGUUCUAAACCUAGACCAAAGCGACAUCUGAAAGGUGAUGUGAGUCGUCCUACAGGAGCUCCACAUGUAGAAGCCCACACACAUCAGAGUGAUGCAACCCGACCCUCUAAACCAAACCAGGCAGGACACAAAAAACACAAAGGCUGAUUACAACAACUACAGAGAUUACAAAAAAAUGAUAGUACCUUUAUAAAUGCAAUUGCAAAAAUUAGCAUAGCCUGCAAAUAAAU